CUCGUGCAGUUUCUCACAAAAUCGUUUUUUUUMWUUUCCCACGCGCAUCCAAGUCACACGGAAUUUGCAGUURUUAUCGAACACAAAAAGAUUAACUGUCAACAAUCUAUUGCAAUCGAGGUCAAUAGCUACUCUUCUUGCUGUAAAUCGUCCUUAUUCUAGAGGGUCUAACUUAGUGUUCACGAGAAUUCGUCCUGCUCCAUCGGGAUACAAACAGAUAGACUGGAACACACUCAACUUCAUUACCAUGGGCGGAAAAUUGAACACUACUAAUCACUUCCCGUCACGACUUCAUGAUAUGUUGGAUGAGGCAGAGGCAAAGGGUCAUAGCAAAGUUGUGUCGUGGACCCAAGACGGAAAAGCUUUCAAAAUUCACGAUUCAGAGAAAAUGGUUCCUAUUCUCAAAACAUACUUUCGACAGACAAAAUACAAGAGUCUACUAAGGCAGCUCCAAGGAUACAACUUUAAUCGCGUCACGCACGGAAUUAACAAGGGUGAGGUUUCGCAUCCCCUCUUUGUGCGUGGAAGAAAAUCCGAAACCGUGAAAAUGAAGAGGAAGUCACCGAAGACACUGAARGAAUCGUUGAAGUCUAAGACGCCUGUCAAAUCAUCGAGCGAUGUCAUCAUUCCAACCAGGAUAGGCAGCAUCAAAGCYGAGAACAGCAUUAGCGAGGCCAUUCCUUCGUCUCUACGUAACUCUACUUCCCAAUACAAAACCAAGAGUGUGAUUGGUGUCCAACCUUCAACAAUAAAGGCAAUCUCGGGAUUCCARCCUCCUACUGCACCCAUGACAAAACCGUCACAAGUAGAAAUCCAAUUCCAGAUGGGACAAAAUCAAGAGCGCCAACCCCAACAGAAGUCCCUUUCAUCGAAUAAGGACCAUAUGUCUAUUUACAACACUGCAGGCCACCAACAUUGCUAUCAACAAGGCCUGAAACAGGGCCUCGACGCCGCCCUUCGAGUAGAGAUUGGCUGUACUCUUUCAACGUCCUCAACUGACAGCAAGCAGACAAAUGCGUCAUCGAUCAAAUCAUUCUCAUUGAAGCGUAACGCGUCGUCACUACAGCAGGAGAAGCAUCACUUGGCCCAGGGAAGCAUUUCCGCUCCGAACUUUCAUACACAAUACUUCAAACGUCAGCGCAACCAUGAGCGAGUUGAACGACAAAAUUCUCAGAAAAUCAAGUUUGAGAGGUCGCACCAUAACGCUUCAUUUCCUAUUUCGAUGAUGCAGCAUUUAUAUCGCAAGCAGAAGCAGGAGAGUCAAAUUCUUGAGGRAAAAAARAUGCAGUUUCAAAACUACCAAGCAGAUCAGCGAGAGCAGUUCCGCGAAGUUCGAAAGAUGACUCAAWUACCCUCCCAGGUGCCAUCUUCAUCUUCCWUUGCUUCUCAGCCACAAAAACAUCAAAUAUUUCAGCAGGGUAAACCUUUUGAUCCCUCCGUUGGCGCGCUUGACCUCGACAUUUCUCUGACAACCACUACGACUACUACGACAUUUCAUUCGAAUGGGAACAGCAGCAGCGUGGAGACGCAAAUCUGUAAAGAGUUCGCGUUUCACCCCGAAUUAGAGCCCACUCCCUUUCGGACACCACAUAACGAUUCAACAUGCAACAAUAUCACUAUUAUUAACAACUCGAAGAACAAUGUUGUUCUCUCUAAUCCUACCGGGAAGGUUACAUUGGGUUUGACAUCAGGCGUUUCCGACGACAUAGAUAUUGGAAUCGCUCAAGCUUUUGACGACGAACCUGUAUUGAAUCCGACCAUUGCAUUUGAUUCCGUACGCGACGGAGAAGAAAGCAAAGAAGUUGACAGUUGGACCAUUGCAGUCGAGAACAUUGUCUUCGGAGGGAAAUCUGAUUGUGUAAAAGAACCCGAAUUGUUUCAACAAGAAGCCGAUAGUUUGUUCCUGAACAAUAACAACAAUGAUUCGCAUUGCCAACCAAUACUACAACRACAAAAUCAGGAGAUGAUGUUGAUGGAUCACAAACAAAGAAAUAUCUACAAUAUCAAUGAUGGUGGUAGGAAUCUUCCAUUGCCGCAACACCUGUCGAAGCAAUUYCCUUUGCCAAUACUCUCAACACCGAUGCCACUUCGUGACAACCGUCUGAUCCAUCCUCACAACAUAUAAACUAUGMUAUUGGUUAAGGUCUAGAAGGAGACUAAGUUGUAUUUAUGUCUAGCUCAAAACUAAUUGCAUUUCAGAUCUGCCACUAACUACAACUGUCAUCUAAGUAAAAACCGUAGUGUAGG